AUGAUGGCUGCAGCUUCAGCUGAUUUACUGACCAUUCUGCCAUCCCAGGAAGUCUUCUGGAGUAACCAAACUAACCCACCCACAAAUGCCUCAGAAAACAAUGCCAGUUGUCGCUUAGAUGAAAACUCACUGUCACUUGCUUUGAUAGUUUUUUACUCUAUUAUUUUUGUCGUUGGAUUGGUUGGAAAUAUUAUAGCCCUGUUUGCUUUCCUGUGCAUUCAUCAGAAAAGGAAUUCUAUCCAAGUUUACUUGCUAAAUGUAGCCAUUGCAGACCUUCUGCUGAUCUUCUGUCUUCCCUUCCGAAUACUCCAUCAUGUUACCAAAAACACCUGGAUGUUUGGACAGAUUUUAUGCAAGAUUGUAGGAACUCUAUUUUAUAUGAACAUGUAUAUUAGCAUUGUACUGUUGGGACUAAUUAGUCUAGAUCGUUAUGUAAAAAUAAAUAAGUCUGUGAAGCGUCCUAAGAUGUUAACUAUUACACGAAGUAUACAUAUUUGUUGCAUAGUGUGGGUAUUUGCACUAACAGGAUUUAUAAUAGUAGUUGCACCAUCUUUCUUUAAGAGUGAGGACAGCAAUUCUACUAUGUGCUUUCAUUACCGAAAUAAACAGAAUGCAAUGACUGAAGCAAUUUUGAACUACAUUAUUGUAAUAAUUUUUUGGAUAGUUUUUUUCCUUUUGAUACUUUCAUAUGUUAAAAUUGCCAAGAACCUUCUGAAAAUUUCAAAGAAAAGAGCAAAUUUUCCCAAUGCAGGAAAAUACACUCGGACAGCAAGGAAUUCCUUCAUUGUACUCAUUAUUUUCACCAUCUGUUUUGUUCCUUACCACAUGUUCCGGUUUGUCUACAUUACGUCACAGUUACAGGAUCCACCUUGCUAUUGGAAGGAAAUAAUUCACAAAUGCAACGAAGUGAUGCUCAUAUUUUCAUCUUUUAACAGCUGCCUAGACCCAGUUAUGUAUUUCCUAAUGUCCAGCAGUGUCCGUAAAACUGUAUUCCAACUUAUUUGCAGAAGAAUUCAUGGAGAUUCAGGCCUAACUCUGGAAAGCACUUCAGAAAUAAAGCUUGGACAAUAUACACAAGAGCGAUUAUCUACUACCACUCCCCAUUCAAGUUCUUUAAAGAAGAAGUCUCUGAUUUGA